CAGGGGCGGGGCCAUCGGGGGGACGGGGCAAGAUGGCGCUGAACAGGAACCACUCGCAGGAGGGUGGUGUCGUUGUCCCCAACGGCGAGAGUGUUCUCAAACAGUGUAAAGAUGUGGAGCUCUCCUUCAGUGACGUGACAGGCAAGCCUGAAGCCUUCAAAGGCACCAAAAAAGGGAUGUUGUAUCUCACUCCUUACAGGAUGAUCUUUGUGUCAAAGGGCAAGGAUCCUAUGUUGUCUUUCAUGAUGCCGUUUUAUUUGGUGAAAGGAUGCUCAAUCGAGCAGCCUGUUUUCUCUGCCAACUACAUCAAAGGACAGAUUCAGGCCGAGGCAGGAGGUGGCUGGGAAGGGCAGGGGACAUUUAAACUCACUUUCAACAGUGGAGGAGCCAUUGAGUUUGGACAGCUGAUGUUCAAAGCUGCUUCUAAUGCUUCCAGUGGUGUUCCUCUCCAGAACCCUGGCUAUGGCUAUACACCUGUUCCCGGAGGGUAUGCACCCCCCCAGCCUGCUCCUGGGGGUUAUUCACCUGCGCCGGGGGGCUAUGCUGCUCCUCCACCACCAAAUGGACCGUAUCCUUAUGCACCACCGCCGAUGAGCGCCUAUGGACCAGCUCCACAACCCAUGGGAUAUCCAUACGCCCAGACUCCAGGUAUUUACCCACCACUUCCAAACAUGAACCCUGUGUAUAUGCCACCUCCUCCCCCCUACUCCGGGCCAUCUCCUGCAGGACCCUCAGCCCCCUCUGCCCCCCCAGCCUGGGGGAGCCCAGGGAUGCCAGGGGGCAGUAAGGCCAUGGAAGCCGCUUCCAGCGCGUAUUACAACCCUGCUAACCCACACAACGUGUACAUGCCCAUGGAUCAGCCACCUCCUUAUACACCUCCUGAGGAUAAGAAGAACAACUAACAGAAGGAAAUUGCAACCAGCCUCCCACACUCUCUCUCCCUAAAAACAACUUGUCUGUUACUACCCCUCGGGUUAGCAUAACUCUAGGUCUCUUGGUAUAUACACAAUAUAUGUAGUGCUGGGCAGGGGAGCGCCUGCCCUCCUUAAACAUAAAGUCAGUGGCAAUACAAGGCGGAACAGCAACACUUUCCUGCUUAUUUGCUUUAUCUCGUGGGGUUGAAGCACUAACCUUUUGCUCUACCCUUGGCUUAAGGAGAGAGAUGGACUUCUUAAACUGGCAGUAGACCACAGCACUAAUCUAGGACUAAAAUAUGAAGGCUCUGGGAUCUUGGAGUAAAACUACUUGCAAUGCCAAACUUUUGACUUCUGAAGCACCAACGAAGAGGAAAGGUAUAGAGAGCCCCGAGGUUCCUUGCGUAGACUCUUGGGUGGCCCAGAAACGUGUUAAAUUUCCUUAAAUUCUGGCACUCUUCAGCGUGAGGUGGGACUCUGGAAAUCCUGUAUCAUGCUGGAAACGUGUUUCAUCUCCUGGAUUAACAGUCAUGGUGUGAUGAAUUUGGGAAGUGCAUCCUAAGAGACACUGAAGCGUUUGGCUGCGCAAGAGGGAAGUGGGCAGGCCCCAGUCAGCCUGCCUUGGUAGACAUUGAACAGAAAAGCAAACAAAGGUGUGCCUGCGGGGCAGCGCGCUGAUACUGGCAGGCAUGCGAAUCGGUCUUCCUUUCCCUCUCCUAGAAGCAGGUCCCAUAUCUGUGCAAUGAUCCUGUGUCAAACAGCCGUUCUUCAUGCGUAAUAGAGUCAAGUGCUGCACAGGAGGCUGCUUGCCUUGGAGCAAAAUAUGUUCCAUUGGGAAGAUGACCUGGCACUAGCCUUGUCAGGAGACAGGUCCCGCAGCCCUCUGCUGAGCAAGCCUGUGCUGCGUGAUAACCCCACAGGGGAAAACUGGCCUUCAUCUCGUCCUUGGGCCGCUACAGCCCGCAUCUGAGCAGUGUGGGAGGGUGGGCGCCGUAAAACCAGAGUUGGGUUGCUCAGGGGUGCAGUGCCCUCUCUCAGCUGGGAACCACUGUCUGGUGUGGAUGUUCCUCAUGCUCAGCUCUCUUGCAGAGACCAGCUGCUCAGCCAGAACCUUUCCUUCUUCCUUAGGACAUAGUGCCAUUAAACCUGCUCUGAAGAGAGUCUCUGGUAGUCUGGUUGGAGACCUUUGUGAUCCUUUACGUAUGGGGUUAUAGUACUUCUUCCUACAGCCUUCCUACCUUCACAGUGAAGGGGAAGGAGCGUUUUCCCUCUUACUUCCCUGUUUGCCAGGGCUUUCCUGUAAGUCAGGCUUGCGUGACUUGCAAGUGUGAAUUCCUAAAGCAGCCCUAUAUGGGGGGGAAGUAAAUUUCCUUAUCUAUAAACACCUGAGUUAGAGAUAUUCUAAUAACUAUUUAAAAAAAAAAAAAGAAUGUUUAUAACUUUUUGAAUUGCACUUUAAUACAGGAGUGUUGAUACCUUUAUCUGCCUGUUCGCUGGUGUGUGUGUGUGUUGACCUUCAUUCUUGUCUACUGUACGGAAGGCUGGAACAAACAACAGCCACUGGUGGUGUUCCCUUGUGUCGGCUGUGGGAUGGUCCCUCUCUCCCUGGUGUGUGGCUAAGCUGGAUCUGGAAUUGAGUAACUGGAGGGAGAGAAGAUAAUGGGGCUCAUCCUCUUGCUGCCUGGGGAGGGUGGAAGGCUGUUUGUGCCUUUGCUGUCGCCUAGAUAUCCAGAACUGGCAUGUGUUCAUGUCCUCGGGGCAGGCAAAACACUGCAUUUAGCAGGGGACGUGUCACCACCCCGCUACUCACUAUGGCCGUCUUUGUAGCACCUCUCCUAUGUACAUUUACUGCCAGAAGGAAGGCCUGUCUUUAAGAGGAAUUCCUUGCUAGCCAGUGGGGGAAAAAUAAAUACAUGGUAAAGAAAAGUGGCACUGAACUGUGGACUGUAAAAUCUGUUUCCCCUUGUGCCAAGGAAAGACAUUGCCCAGCUGAACGUGAUGGAGCUACUGGAAAGCCCUUUCCUACUCUGCAUCAGUCCAGUCUCUCACAGGAAACCAGUUCUGUUCCUUAGCAUAGUUCUUGUCUUCAGUUAAUGACCCUGUGAUCUUACAUUAACCAAGUAGCUAUAGCUGACGACACUGAAUAAACAUGCAACAGAGAGCCUGUGA